AUGACUUCACAGUUGACUGCACUGCCAGACGAGGUCAUCCAAACAAUCCUAUCGUACUUGCCACCCUCAACAACUCUAUCGUUACAACAGACAUGCCGACGCUUCGUCGAUGUCGCCAGUGAACCGCUUCUCUGGAAGCAGUAUUGCCAAACAGGCUUUCGCUGGUGGCAUAGACAGCACCUGGUCAAAACCAAAUUUCAAGAUGCAUCUUUCAUUGACUGGAAGCCUCUAUUUGCUACCCGACACCUUUCCUCUCAAGCCACCCGAAAUGCCAUUGGAAGAAUCGUCGCAGACGAGCUUGGUCGACUCGACUCGAUCAAGGUCAUUCUUGAUGCUGGCUACGAUGCCAAGGAUGAUCUCUUAGAUAUGUUUUGGAACGCAUCCUCUUCGGAGGACCACCUUGCGCAAAAAUAUUGGAGUCAUGCAGCACUUGGCUGUCUCCAUAGAGUGACGGCCGUUGAAGAAUGGCUAGAUCUCAAAGCUGGCCGAGCCUAUGUCGAUGCUUUCGAAAAGCCUCUUGCCGCUUUGGAUCUUUUCAUUCUUGAAGAACAGGCGACCGGCGACACUGACGAUAUCUUUGCGAGACUAGAUUCAUAUGUGGCGUCGGUGCGAAGGGCUUACCCUGCUAUCGAUGACUUGUCUCCUCGAGACAAGGCUGCCACGGUCGCCGAGCAUUUGCUCCAGAACAAAUGGAUCGGUAUUCAAGAUGAUCGCCAUUACCACAGUCUCGACCACAUGUUCCUUGGUGUGGCCCUAUUCAGUGGCAAUCGAAAUUCUGUCCCGCUCAUCUCUGCGGUAAUAUACUGCUACGUUGCUCGCCAGUUUAAUCUGAGGGCCGCACCAUGCAACUACCCCUUUCAUGUGCACGCCAUAGUUCAGCCACCUGCCGGGAUCGACCUCGACGGAAACCUUCUCUCAGAGUCUGAUCUGGGGAAUACUGAGCCAUCGAAGCUGACGCAUCUGUACAUGGAUCCGUUCAACAGCUCAGAGCCAGUAACUCUCUCUACGCUAGAGAGGAACCUCAACUUUGUCGCACCGACCUCGUCACCCGCUCAGAAAGCCUCAUACUUGUCCGCCGCCACUCCCCGGGACCUCACUAUCCGCGCCGCGCACAAUAUCCUCUCCUCGCCCUCGCAGUACGCUGGACCGCCACUCCAUCCCAUAAAUCCUAAUCUCGCCACAUAUGCAGCAUUAUUCUCGCUUGUCUUCCUUGCUCGCUCGACCGCAAACCCCCCGGAUCAACUACGGCAGCAUCUAGUCGUCCUAACGCAACAUUUUCUCGAGUACUUCGAUCUCGACAUCCAUCUAUUUGAAACAUACGUCCUUCCACUCACCAUUUCUCAGCCCGACGCACGGGCCUAUCGUAACCUGAUUCAUCAAUUGAAAGACUCAGACCACGAGUCUCGACCGCCAAAGUCCCGUUCGGACCCACGCAACGCUGUCGUCAAGUUCAAUGUCGGCCAAGUGUUUCGACAUCGGCGCCGCCACUAUCUCGCCGUCAUAUACGGGUGGGAUCCAUACUGUCGAAUGCAAGAGCAGUGGAUCACGAUGAACCAAGUUGAUCGACUGCCUAACGGGCGCAAUCAACCCUUCUACAAUGUUCUCGUGGAGGAUGAGUCGACUAGAUAUGUUGCCGAGGAGAAUGUGGUGCUGUUGUCGCCUAGUGAGAUCACCGAAGAUAUGUUGGCCGCUUUUCCCAUUGAGAUUGGCAAGUGGUUCAAGCGGUACGAUCCGCAGACAGCGACGUUCAGAAGCAACGUUCGGCAUGAAUACCCCGACGAUUGA